AUGAUCAAAGCAGUUCCACGUGGCAUGUCUGCUACAGCGGAUGCUUAUUUGACUCCAAUCAUUAAGAAUUAUAUCGAGUCUAUCUCGGCCAACUUCCAGGGCGGGCUAGCAGCACCAGGUCUUCGCUGUGAGUUUAUGCAGUCUGACGGAGGUCUCGUCGACUUCAGGAGCUUCGGUGGCCUUGCCAGUGUCUUGUCUGGCCCUGCUGGAGGUGUUGUGGGCUAUGCUCAGACUGCAUGGGAUGCAAAGCAGGGAAAGCCUGUCAUUGGCUUCGACAUGGGUGGCACAUCAACGGACUGCUCCCGCUUCGCUGGCAGUUAUGAACAUACUUUUGAGUCGAAGACUGCUGGUAUCUCGAUUCAAUCGCCUCAGUUGGACAUCAUCACUGUCGCAGCAGGCGGAGGCUCAAUGCUUUUCUGGCGAAACGGACUAUUUGCUGUUGGUCCAGAGUCCGCUGGUGCCCACCCUGGCCCAGCUUGCUACCGUAAAGGAGGCCCAUUGACAAUCACCGAUGCAAACCUACUUCUAGGUCGCAUUGUCCCUGAAUACUUUCCCAAUAUCUUUGGGCCUAACGAGAAUCAGCCGCUAGGCACCGAGGUCGUUAGAGAGCAGUUCGAGAAGCUCACGGCGCAGAUCAAUGCCGACAAUAUUGCGGCCGGCCGCGAUGAGCUUACAGCCGAGGAGGUUGCACUUGGAUUUCUGCGAGUUGCUUCAGAGGUCAUGGCGAGACCGAUUAGAUCCCUUACAGAGACUCGUGGUCACGAUACGUCUGACCACAUACUGUCAUGUUUCGGCGGUGCAGGUGGCCAGCAUGCCUGUGACGUAGCCAACGCCCUAUCUAUCUCUCAGGUGGCUAUUCACAAGUAUUCUUCCAUCCUUUCCGCCUAUGGCUUGUCUCUGGCAGACCUAGUGCAUGAAGCUCAAAAGCCUGCAGCCAUGGCUUUUGAGAAACCCAACUUUACCGAUAUUGAACAAGCUUUGGCGCAGUUGUCUACAUCUGCCACUGAGCAUUUGCUACACCAAGGCAUCAACAAGUCGCAGAUACGGGUGGAGCGAUAUCUCAACAUGCGCUAUGAGGGAUCCAACUCGGCCUCCAUGAUCAUGCAAGACCAAGCUGAUCAGAAUAUUUCCGACUUUCAGCGCUUGUUCGACGAGAAGCACACACGAGAAUUUGGCUUCGUGUUCCCGGACAAGAAAAUUCUGAUCGACGACUUCAGGGUCCGCGCUAUUGGUACCACAGCCAAACACGCCGAAAAGAGCCCCUACGAACAGUUACAGGAGAUCAUGAAAAAGCCUGUAGUAUCAACUCCUGUUCCAGAAUCAAAAAUCGAGGUCUAUUUUGACUCGGUAGCCGGCCACGUUCAAACCAAACUCUAUCUCCUCGGCAAACUACCUUCGGGCGUUAGGAUCCCAGGUCCAGCUCUGAUUCUAGACAACACACAAAGUAUCCUAGUUGUUCCAGGAGCAGAAGCCAUAAUCCUCGAUAAUACGGUCAUGAUUGAGCUCAAGAGUCACUCGUCUACCUCUUCAGUCAUAAAAGCAAUCGAAGAGCAAGUCAAUCCCAUCCAACUUUCUAUUAUGGGUCAUCGAUUUAUGUCCAUAGCGGAACAGAUGGGGCAUACUUUGCAAAAGACAUCUGUAUCAACAAAUAUUAAGGAGAGACUGGAUUUCUCGUGUGCUAUCUUCUCGCCUGACGGUGGUCUGGUCGCCAAUGCCCCUCACGUUCCUGUCCACUUGGGUAGUAUGCAAUUCUGCGUAAAGCACUUGCAUAAUGCCUGGAAAGGAAGGUUAGAAGAGGGAGACGUGUUAAUAUCAAACCACCCCUCUAGCGGUGGCACACAUCUGCCAGACAUCACAGUAGUCACACCCGUUUUUGAUGAGGGUGCGAUUGUUUUCUACGUCGCAUCGCGUGGCCAUCAUGCAGAUAUCGGCGGGACGCGCCCUGGCUCCAUGCCGCCAGAUUCUCGCUGGUUGUAUGAAGAAGGUGCAGCGAUUCUCGGGGAGAAGCUGGUCAGCAACGGUCGCUUUAAUGAAGAGCGUAUCAUUGAGCUGCUUCUACAUGAGCCUGCUAAGCACCCUGGUUCAUCAGGCACUCGAACCCUGGGUGACAAUCUGUCUGACCUCAAGGCACAGGUGGCUGCAAAUAAGCAAGGAAUAACCCUAAUACAAAGCCUCAUCAAAGAGCAUACUCUCCCGAAGGUUCACAAAUACAUGUUUGCCAUCCAAGAUAACGCCGAACAAGCCGUACGAGCCCUACUCAAAAAGAUGCACACGACAGUUGGUGGUACUCAGCUGAAUGCUAUUGAUUAUAUGGACGAUGGCACUCCGAUCAAGCUGUCGGUGACUAUUGAUCGCAAUACGGGUUCCGCUGUCUUCGACUUCUCGGGUACCGGACCCCAGGUCUAUGCCAACACCAAUGCGCCGAUCGCUAUCACACACUCCGCGAUCAUCUACUGCCUACGUUCCCUUAUUGCGUCUGAGGUACCUCUCAAUCAAGGCUGUCUCAACCCCAUCGACAUCCGCAUUCCCCCUUCAUCCAUUCUCUCGCCAGCUGCUGGCGCCUCAGUCGUGGGUGGCAAUGUGCUGACCUCCCAACGGAUCACCGAUGUAAUCUUGAAGGCUUUCCGGGCCUGUGCUGACAGUCAAGGCUGUAUGAACAACCUGACUUUCGGCAUGGGUGGGACAAAAGUCAACGCCGAUGGCUCCACAACUGUAGAGGAGGGUUUCGGCUAUUAUGAGACCAUCGGUGGAGGAGCAGGGGCUGGACCAACCUGGGAUGGAACCAGCGGCGUUCACACACACAUGACCAACACGCGCAUCACGGACCCUGAGGUAUUUGAGAAGCGUUACCCUGUCCUGCUACACGAGUUCUCCGUUCGCAAGGACUCAGGGGGCCGUGGAGAACGCCGUGGAGGCGACGGUAUCGUGCGCGACAUCGAGUUCCGAGUUCCCGGCGUGCAGGUUUCGAUCUUAUCAGAGCGCCGCACACGUGCACCACAGGGUUGUGCUGGUGGAGAGAAUGGAGCGAUGGGCCAGAACCUUUGGGUCAGGAAAAGCGAUGGUCUUGUUGUCAGUCUGGGAGCAAUCUCUGCCUUCCGCAGUAUGGGUUCUGGUAAUUGGAAGGCGACAAAUCGCCAUCUCCAGAUCCUCAAAGCCGCCGAGGAAGGUAAAUAUGGUGUCCUAGCUGCUAUUGCUUAUAACAUAGAGCACAUCCUGGGCUUGAUCCGCGCCGCUGAGAAAGCUCGAUCUCCUCUUAUCCUUCAGUUCUUCCCUUGGGCGAUAGAAUUCUCCGAUGGGCUUAUCAUUCGCACCGCUGCUGAUGCCGCCCAGCGGGCGACCGUGCCCGUUUCUAUUCAUCUUGACCACGCUCAGGAAGAGGAGAUUAUCAAACGGGCAGCCGACACAUUGCCAUUUGAUAGUAUCAUGGUUGAUAUGUCACAUCAUGAGAAGGAAGAAAACCUCGCCAAGACAGCAAAGUGGGUGAAGUAUUGCAACGAUCGACAGAUUGCGACCGAGGCAGAACCGGGACGUAUUGAAGGCGGCGAGGAUGGCGUGAUGGAUACCGGAGGGCUUGAAGCAAGCAAGACAACGACAGAAGAGGUCGACCAGUUCAUCGCGACAGGAGUGGACGUGUUAGCUCCUGCUUUUGGUAAUGUCCAUGGCGAGUAUGGACCACAAGGACCGCAGCUUGACUUCGAGAGAAAGCAUUUGAAUAGUCGAGCGCGGAUUGCCCUGCAUGGCACCAACGGAUUUCCGCCAGACCUCAUGCGCGAAUGCAUAAAGGCGGGAGCUACUAAGAUCAACGUCAACAGAAUCGUCCUUGACGAUUAUUAUAACCAUUUCCGAUCCGAAUCAACCAAGAAGAAGUCACAUACAACUAUAAUCGAGGAAGGGGUGGAACUAGUGGUGCGCCAGACUGCGGAAUGGAUGGACAUCAUCGGGUCUGCUGGGAAGGCACCGCUGCAGUAG